UUCACGUGACGUCACGGAAGAGCAGUCUGGCGGGCGCUGUAGCGGAAAGGGCACAAGCUGCGUUGGCCACUAUGAAACCGCCAUAUUUUUGGGGAGCCGGUGUCAACAAAGCCUAUCUCCGCUGUUGAAGCGCUGACGAUGUGUGUGUUUUUUUUACUUUAGGAGGAGUCACUAAAGUGCCUAUCUCUUGCAACUUUGCAAGCAUGAAUGCCAGCCCCUCAUUAAUGCACUUAAGCACGUACGCGCAGAAUUUAGAGUCCGGUGCGAAGGUGCGCUACGUCGAGAAAGUGGAGCUUUGCGGUGGCGUCGAUCCACUUAUGCUUACUGGCAAAGAGGCGUCAUUUGAUCUCGCGCUCGUACCCAAGGUAGAACUUUCUGAUAUUAAGGACUACCUUGUGCACGCUACAAGCUUCAUAACUCACGAACAGCUGAAAGCAAGAAAAUCCCUGGAGUCGCACAACUAUUUGACCAGCGGCUUUGUUCAAGAACCCCAGCUGAGAAGACACGGCGAGCACGUCAUUGUGCGCACGAAGGUAAACCACUCCCAGGCAAUUUCCACUCAGCCACUCGAGCCAUGGCUUCUUGUCAAGCAGGAUGGAAUGGUCAAAGCUGCACACUGCACGUGUAUGGCGGGUCUCGGCGAAGCCUGCUCACACAUUGGUGCACUGCUCUUCUAUUUAGAAGCAGCUUCAAACUUUCGUGAUGGUCAGGCUUGCACUGAUAAGGAAAAUGCAUGGCUGCCUCCAUACUCAAGUACUGUGCCUUGUGCGCCACUUGCACACAUCGACUUUGCGUCAGCUACCACCAAGAAAAGGCGGCUAGAUGGACAUCGAUCAUCAUCCAAAAAGAAACCAGCCACCACUAUUGAGAGGCCUUCACAGUGCGAAUGGAAGGGCUUUCUCGACAGAAUUAAGAAGGCUGGCAAAUAUUCUGCAGUGUUGGCACUGAAAAAGGACUAUUGCGAGGAGUUCAUUCCUGUGCAAGUGAAGCACUCCACUGCUCUUCUCGGACACUUGGCAAGAGACAAGCCAUUGUCAAGGGAUGCGAUGCUGGAGGAGUGCGAAAUGUUUGCCCAGGCGUAUGUUGUAGAGCCAAAGGUCUGUAAAGAUGUGGAAGCGGCAACGAGAGGUCAGUCGGCCUCACCAACGUGGUUCGCCUUCAGAGCAGGCCGGGUCACAGCAUCGACAGCCCACGCAGCUUGUCGAACGACCUUGACUCAGCCAUCUGUGAGCCUGGUUAAGAAGAUCUGCUACCCGGAGGAGAGCAAGUUUUCUUCUGCUGCAACUAAUUGGGGUCUGCGCAAGGAGGACACUGCCAGGAACCAAUACGUUGCUGAAGCAUCCAGCCAGCACAAAGAGUUUGUUUGCAACAAGUCUGGAUUGCAUAUUAGUUCACAUGAGCCCCACAUGGCAGCAAGCCCAGAUGGCCUGAUUUCUUGUGCCUGCUGCCAAGAUGGCGUUUUAGAAAUUAAGUGCCCAUAUUCAGCUGCUUGUGUAAAGGACGUUGUGACCCAGAAAAGUGGCUGCUUAGAAGUUGCUGCUAGUGAUAAUACACUAAAGCUGAAACGACAACAUGCUUACUACACGCAAAUACAAAUGCAGCUUUUUGUUUGCCAGCGCAGCUAUUGCGACUUUUUUGUGUGGACACCAGCAGAUAGCCAUCUUGAAAGAAUCUUCCUGGAUGCCGAAUUUUGUCAAGGGGUCGUGAACAGGAGUAGGGAUUUUUUCAAGAUAGUCCUGUUGCCAGAGUUGUUAUUUAAGACCUGGACAACAUCUUCAGAGAACAAAAAUGGGCCUGAAGACUCUUCUGAUGACGGAGCACUGCAUUUCUGUUAUUGCGGUGGUCCAGAGUCUGGAGACAUGGUAGAAUGCAGUGGCCCAGACUGUGAGGGUAAAUGGUUUCACUUUCAGUGUGCCAACUUGAAGCGCCCUCCGAAAGCGAAGGCUUGGUUCUGCAAGGGUUGCAAACCCCGAAAGUGAUAAAUAUGCAUAUUUGUAGUCCUGUUAUAGGUAAUGUAAGUGCACACAUGAAAGGACCUAGUGAACUUGUUCUGUGAAAUUAGCCUUACAAAAUAUUGCUGCAUACAAGGGGAAACUGAACAGAGUCAUCAAACUGUUCACCUUAUCACUGAAUUUUACAUAGCGAAGUACAUUAUGAAGGAGCAGUCUAAUAAAUGUGGAAUCUUUGGAUGACA